AUGCGCAUGAUGAACAACCAAAGUGGCGUCUGGACUGAACAUUUUUCAAAGGACGGAAGACGCUACUAUUAUAAUCAACAGACAAAGAAAUCGCAAUGGGAAAAACCAGACGAGCUCAAGACCGAACAGGAACUCGAAAUAGAAGUAAAGACACAUUGGAAACCAUACUCCUCCGCAGAUGGCAAGGUAUUCUACUACAAUACUGAAACUCAUGAAAGUGUCUGGGAAGUACCAGAGCAGGUCAAAAACCUCUUGGCUGAAAAGGGAAGUUCGACCGGAAAUGUCCAAGAGAAUCUCAAGGGUGCCUUUAUGUCAUGGCUAGAAAAGUUUAAUUUUACUCAGAAAACAACCUGGGAAGCUGCUGUAAAACUGCUAGAGGCAGAUGAAAGGUGGCCAAUGUUUUCAACUCUAACUCGUGGCGAAAAGAAGCAGCUCUUUUCGGAGUUUUCGAGUCAAAUCCAUCGCAGAAAACAAGAAGAAAUGAGAAAGAAGAAAGCCAUGGUGCAUGAAAUAAUAUUCAAAGAACUAUCAGAGUGGCCAGAGCUUUCGUAUCACACAACAUAUGUUGAUUUCGCAAAAAAUUUUAACAAACGUGAAUGGUGGGAAUGGGCUGAUGAAAAGACCAGAGAUUCCAUAUUCCAGGACUAUAUUGAAAGAGAAGAAAAAGAACUUAAGAAAAAGGCAAAGGAGAAAAAAGUUAAAUCAAUGGACAAGCUUCUAGACAUCCUGCAUUUGAGGUAUAAAAACGAAUUGCUUACCUGGGAUACCGUAAAGGUGGAAUACGCCAACUUUGAAGGAUUGCACGAAAUUGAUAUUUUGAACUGUCAUAAGUAUGUGUUUCGGGAAACUUAUCACGAAAAGUAUGCUGAUGCUGAAAAACGGACUUACAGACUCCAAAGAAAGAUUAGGGAAAGAUUCAUCACCUUUUUAGAGGAAUGUGUAAAAAAAGGAGAAAUUGAUAAAAAUACAGAAUUUCCUGAAUUUAUAAAGAAGCAUGCAACAGAAGCUAUCUAUGUUGAUCUAGUUGGACAACCUGGAUCAACUCCCCUCGACCUCUUUAUGGAAGUAAAAUUAGCUUUGAUGCUCGGAAAGACGAAGAUCUUGGCAGUAUUGUGGACUGUAUGCUUAGUAAGAUUGUCUCAUGGAAAAUAUAGUCAAAAGAAGUGGGAACAUAACGAUGAAGAACGUCUAAGAGCAAUCCUAAAGGAACUAAAAAAUGCCCCUAAAUCAAAUGAAUCUAAGGAAGUCUCUACAGAAACCCUUCAGGAUACUUCGAGGGAUAAUGUGGCUAAUCUAAACCAGUCUGAUUCUCAACAAGAUCUAAAAUCAGAGGUUUACACCUCCAUAUUCAAUGUAGAAGAGGCAAAUGAAGAUGCUGUUAAGGUUCUUAAACUCCUGACUAGGGACGGAGCUGUUGCCAAGAGGGUGAAGUAUGAUGGAAAGGACAUAUGGUCUGCCAGGGCUAUAAUGGGUUCUCCUUGCUCUUUGGCAGUACUGUAUAUGGAUGGAGAUAAGCCUGUCUUUGCCGUUAUAAAUACAAAAGGUUUCUUUAGUGGCGAAUCCACGAUAUAUAAGUACUAUGAUGGUAAUCAGUGGAAGGCAAAGUAG